CGGUUCUCAUUGAAUCAGUCGUAUAAAAAAACGGGAGACUUUUUGCUGCAAAAUAAUUUAAAGAAAUUAUUUUCGAAUAAUGGAAGGCACUUGGAAGAAACUAACGAAUAAAGUGGAUUUUUACGCGUCAAAGCCGGUAAAUGCGGGAACCGAUAUCGAUGGAUCUCCCACCUUUGUUGCACGAGCUCCGUUAACAACACAGAUGAUACCGGGAAAGCUUGUUGUACGGCAAAACGAUCAAAUUUAUUUCUAUUGCUCGCUUGAUGGAAGAGAGUUUCCUGUUGACAAUAGGUUGGUUGAAUUUCUGGUUAACGAUGGAUACUGUUGGGAAACAUUGCAACGUAAGAAUGGUGAAGUACCAGCAAAUGCUAUUAUUGGCGGAACAGGUGUCUCCAAUAUGGCCCAUUAUAUUGGACGAGCUUAUCACGAUAGGAUAUGGAUUCCUGGAAAAAUUGAUGGAAUCAGUAGAUGUCUGUUCAUCCCGUACGAUUACAAGGAACAUAGAAAAGAUGAGUAUCAUGUUCUUGUCAAGCCAGAAACAGAGGCCUACAGCAGAAGUUCGUCGGGUGGAUGUUGUAAAUAUGUCGGACGAAUAUUCACUGGAUGCAAAAUCAAUAUUACCAACUGCGCUUUUUUUAAAAUUAACUAACAAAUGACGACAAGACAUCAUCAAAAGUGGAUCGUCGUCUUUCAAAUUAUUCAGUGAGCUAUACUUAAAGUAAAUGAUAAAAGGUAGGCGAGAUUAGAAAGAGGUGUAUUUAACGUUUAUCAAGAUUCGAAAGUUGAACGAAGUUGAAUAAAAUUGUGUAAUUACUUGAACGUUCA